CACACACACACACACACACACACACACCACCACCACCCUACACACAUACACAUUCACACAAUUCGACAAGCAGAUCUUUGUUCCAACUCCGCCCAAGUAUUUCCAAAAAGGAAACGUGUGAAUAACACACUGAAUACCGCGACUCUCGACAUUUGUAUGAAAGUGUCUACAAGUCUGCAUGAAAAAGGCUCAUGUUAGGAAAACCUAAAAUAGCCCGGAUAAAGCUAGGUAAAUGCUCACAUAUCACACGGAAUCUUUAUAUGAUUUAAUUACAUAAACUGUUUAACGUUUUUGUCAUCAUGAGUCUUACAUGCAGGCCUAGCUGAGUUCAAAUCGAGUGUAAAGUUCGGAACUGUAUAUCAUUAAAUUCCACUCAGCACAGCGCAAAGAGACUCCUCUUUAAAAAAUGGCACUCCACUAGUGUUAGCUCUCCAAUAAUAACUGUCAUUGAUGUGACUAUUCAUUUUAUCCAACAUUAACAACAACCGCAAAAAGAAGUCAGUGGUUUCCCCGCGUCACUUUUGGACUCAGGCGUAAACUCAGACUAAAGGGAGAUUUCUGGAUUGGAGAACUGUUGGUAGCUUAUCUCGUUUAUCUACAUGUCAUUACAUCAAUUUAGCAACCACAGUUAUGCAACAGUUUUUCCUUUCCUUUUUUCUUUAUUCUCAGUACCAAAGUGUUGGGAUGUAGUGUAUUUUAUAAAUGUUUCGCUCUCUGCCAGGUGAUUCAGCUUGAAUUGCUGAUAUAACCUAUAAAUAAAUCCUCUUUAAAAAACGUACGUUCUAUUCACAGCCCGUUGUUUGCGUCGAUAAUUUCGCUCCUUGUGGAGAUUGAACCAGGUAUACUAGAAGUCCAGGCGACAUGGCAUGUAGGGUUAAUCUUACAUGGUACCAUCUGUUAAUAAAUCAGUUCAUCCUUGCCGGGGUCACCGAGAGUUUACGGCUGUUGUGUGAGUGCACAAGCAACCUACAAACUGUACUGUCCAACAAGGCCAAUAAAGAAUAGACCUUUGUGAGUUUUAUGAUUUAAGAAAAGGUACAUUGCUGUAGAGAAAUUGGAGGUGUUGGGUAUUUUAAAGCAACUGCAAAUGUUCCGUGAAUUAAAUGUAAAUAUCACCAAAUAGUAUUUGGUUUAGGUUACUUGUGUGAAAUAAAAUAAACCUAAAGUAAAAAUCGAAAUUACAUCUUCCUCUUGCUUGCCCGAAUAGUCUGAGUUGUGUGUGUCUGUUGUGCUCGCACAAGAGAAUGAGGAAGUUUCAUGGGGUAAACAGGAAGGCAAAUCUCUGGUCGCGGAGAGGCAAGGCGUUCUAAAUAAUUUUUCAUCGGCUUCCUUUUGUCACUGAUAUGGUGGGAAGGACCAAGGCCUCCGCCAAACUCUUCCAUGCUGGCCCUUUUAGAAUUCACAUCCUAGUUCAUCGACCUGGACCCUUCACACUCCAUAAGGUUUCACAAAACUAUAGCUUUGUAUGAUGUCUGAAACUCAUAGGCGAACGAUCUCAUUCGAGAUGUUUAGGUGUGUCGCUGAGUAACUAGGCGACGGCGUUUUCAAUGUAAGGUGUGUUUGUGCGUCAGAAUGUAGGCCUAUUUACUUGGGUGGGUUGGCCUAUGGCUCAAUUCACCCUGGGAACACACUGAAUGGUGCCCAGUCUGUUAGGAAGGAUUGUUACAGUUAUGGGGAAAUGAUUUCGUGGAUCAGAGAGGUAUUUGUGUUUUGAACGUCAGGGGAGUUAUUUCACAAUUGUCACGGUGCCUAGGCUGACCUUCCAGGCUCCACUGAAUAUAGUUAAAUACGUUGUCCGUCUAUUGCAAUGUCUGAAUUAUUUUUGAUGUUUUGUUAUGUAAAAUUAAAAUAACUUGCUAAUGGUCAAGUAAAAUAUAGAAUUGAUUUAGACUUGAAUUUCAGGGACAGAUCGAACAGAUUUUUAUGCCGCCGUUUCCAACGUUUAAAUUGCCAUUUCAAUCUCGUAAUGUGUUCUGCAUAUUGAUAGGGGUAAUCUUCGCGCGUAUAUCUCAUCCAUAAUGCAUGAGCACGGGAUCAUUCAGAGGUCAGCAGACGCGCGCAGCCGCUUCGGCGCACGCGCUCCAACAAACAGCGAGCUCAUCACAUGGGCCAUUCGAUGUUUAUCCCUCCAGAGGGGGAGAAAGGGAGGCUGUCGGAAAAUGUAUUUAUUUACCCCUCUCUCUUUCCUCCUCUGCAUCCGAUUCACUAAGCAAUACAUGCGCGAGGACGGACAACGAAAACAUCCCCAAUAUCAGUCGGGUGCACCCCACCGCGUGGACAACUGCCUGGUCGCUUGUUCUAAACGCAACGGAUAUGUUUCUCCUGUGUUUUGAAAACAAAACAGUCCUGUUCGAAUGAGUUCUUAUACGAGAUAAGAUCAUUUGUUUUUCGUAAUAAAUUAAGAUAAAGCUUUAGCAAAUAUUGAAGCUUAUUGCUGCCUUGCCUUCCGAUGUGAUAUUCUGAUAUCAAGAGAUAGGCUACGCCAUUGUUUUACUCAUGAUUUUGACAGCUGCUAUAAAAAUGGACGCUUCCUAGAUUAUUAUUAGUCUCCUACAUGUGGCUUAAACGACAUGACCCGAUAAUAAUAAUAAUAAUAACAAUAAUAACAACAACAACAAUAAUAAUAAUAAUAAUAAUGGCAACCAUAACAAUACCACUACUAAUAAUCAUCCACUCAAAUAAAAACAGGCUGCAUUUUUUUUGGUUGAGGUGGGACUAAUUUGUUGACUAUAUAUCGAAUAUAAACUUCGAUUUGGUGUAGGGCUAUUUUAAUUGAAUUAGUGUGUAUUAUUGUCCUGGUUUUUGGUCAACUUAAUAACUAAUUUAUUCUUUAGCCUACAUAUUCGUGUUGUUUUGAGAUUUUGAGCCAAAAGGUUAGGCCACUGUAAAACAAUAAGGACGAGACUAGAAAUGCAACAACAUAAGAAUGACGAUAACACAAUUAUAUUGCAUUAUCUGCAACGAAGAGAUGUGCAACCUAGUUCGAUGGCUAAUAUAAAUAACUCAAAUGCAUCUUUCAUCUCCGCCUUAGUUUUAUUCCAAGGAAAAUUGGACAUAAAACUAGUUGCAACGCUCCUCCCUGACCAGCAGAGCCCGCUUUAGACCAAAGUUCACAGCUUCAGAGGGAAUAACACUGCCUGCAGUAGGCUACAGCCUCGCCUUUCCAGAAUAUAGCAGUCCAAAACCUAACGCCCGUAAUCAAUAAUUAAAGCUCAAUGCAGCUGUAGAUUAGUUUGAAUUCACGUUCUGAUGUGGUAGUGAAAGAUAUUAUUCAUGAACAAGACGUGCGAGAAAGAGUUUCUGGUAACUUGAACACAAAAUCUCGCUCGUUUUUCCUCGCUAGUUAAAGAGAAGAAGAGCAACGAGCGUCGCUGAAUGUUAAAUGGCUGUAAGUAGCCUUAUAGCACAAACGUCUACUCUUUUGAUUCGACACGUUAGCCUCGAGCAAGUGAAGGUGAAUCUAUCCUCGUUAGAAUGGCUGUGUAGAAGUGCGGGGUCACAGAGUUGAGGGGUCAAAAGUUUACGUCGUGCGUGACUCGGCUGUCGGCUGUCGACUCUGUAGACCAAUUGCUGGAUGUCAAUGGCAAAGUGGGAGAGAAAGAGAGAGAGAGAGAGGGAGGGGGGGCUGAAAGGAGAGGGGAGCUGCGGGCGGGGGAGUGAAGAGCUACAGAUUGUCUCAUGCGCAAAGAUGAGAGAAAUGAUAGCGAGAAAAGAGGGUUGAGGUGGAGGGCUGACCUUCGCGGUGUGACAAUGCAAGCCCCCCGCGCCCGCGAAGGAGACAGGCAGAGUGAAACGAGAGAAAAAUGGCCGCACAGACCGAAGAACUAAACGAAAGGAUUCAGUGACAUUGGGCUUCUCCCAUUCACAAUGCAGGUGUUUACUCUCCUGCCUGUGUUGUCACUGCAAUGCACCAGUGGCGACCGAUGGUUCAUACUUGGCCGAUGGUUUUAGCCGCUCCUGAAAUCAAGAUGCUUUUUUAUCUUGGAUAUACAUUAAUUCAUUUUAUUUUUCAUUGGGUCUUCUACUCUUCAAGACAAUUAUAAAACAACGUUUAUGAGUAUAGGCCCGACCAUAUCUGUUUUCUGGACUAAACGUAUAUUGACAAGGCUAUAUUAGUAGCCUAUUAGCGGUGGCAAAUCCUUACAGGCCUGUAGUUUAUUGUGUAGAAUUACAUGGCAAUAUUGCAGAAUUUGCUUCUGAUAAUUAUUUUGUAAUUGUAAGUAUACAACAUAGGGAUGAUAGUUUUCGCCAUUACUCCCUAUCCUGGUAUAAACUAAUCCGCUAUACUGAUGGCUAAACAAUAUUGACAGCUGCCGUACGCGUAAAAACUUAUUUUAUAUAGGAAAUAAAUUCACAGGACUUCAACUAAUGUAGUUUAUACCUUAUCCUGACUAAAAAUAGUCGAAAUAGCCUUCAUUUGUAAAUCUCUCCAAGUCCCUGAAUCACUGAAUCAAAACUGGCUCCCUGCUCCUAGAAAUUAUGCCAAAACCCUAAAGGCUGCACGCAGGAUGACCCCACACCAUUGAAAACAUUUAUUCUGAAUAAAGAAUGGCUAACAAAGGCGCAAUACAUCUUCACCCAAUUCAGUGAUUAUAGAUCAUUUAUAUUAGUGGAAGGCUUUGUCUCCCAUAAUGCACAGCGUAGUAUGGACAAGCUACACACACUCAUUCCUCGAAUGCAUAUGAAUUAUAUGUUUUGUUUGAUUCUUUUAGAUUCUAGAUUCUCAUGUCAUGAAAAAAUACCGAAGAUACUGAACUGAUAAUUAACCCCGAACUUUUCCUAACAGACGGUUAUUGGAUAAAAUAUGUAAACAUUCUAAAAGCAACUAAACAGUCUAAAAUCCGUGUGAACAUCAGAACCAGGGUAAUCCUCCCACUUCUCUGCGUAUGAAUCAAUUAGUCUACAUUGUAAUUACUAGGGAAGCAGGUAUUGCAGACAGAACGUAAUAGGCCUACAUAUAUAUGAAUAUUUUGCCAACUGGGAAUUUGUGUAAUUGUGGCAAAGUCAAGAAUUUCAGCAGUGGCAAAAAAUUCUGACAAUCUCAACACACGUAUAGCGUAUGUGGCCUGCUUUUGUGCAGGCUAUAACCUAUAUAACCCACGCAUAUGCGCAUGGUAAUAUAUGAACACAAAUAAAGGUAAACUUGACAUAAAAAUAAAACCAGGAGAGGCCACCUAUAGUGGUUGACUUUCCCAAACGAAAAUGCAUAAUUCAGCAAACAAAUAAUUACAUUAUUGGCACAGAAAUUGGGUCUAAUGGUGGUUGCUGGGAUGGUAUGAUUCUGUGAGACGGUAUUUUGUAAAACAAAGUGCAUAAGUGGUGAAUAAUUGUAUUAGAAAACACGUCCCAAUUGGAGUUCACCCGGAGUUCACUGAAUUAAUCUUAAUUCCAUUGUAACAUGUGCCGUUGCCAGGCAGUGCAUUGUCCUGCAUUUUAAUAUCUGGAUUUGGUACGGGACAUAAACUGCAGUUAUAAAGUUAGUUUGAAAGAGUUUUUGCCCACUGUCCUGGUUAGAGUUAGGUUACUACAAAAUUCUGACCGCCAUAUGUACUUUUCCCCUUAAGGCGUCAAGUCGUAAGUGUUCCAGAUAUUUUGAAGAACAAAACACCUCGCCCAGAUGGUAAUGUCCGAGAUGACCGAUAAACCUAUUAUUUCAACUAUAUGUUGACAGUCUGGGAUCACUAACACAUGCGAGUUUCAAAAAGUUGGUUUAAAAUAUUAUAAAAUAUCAAUACAAGACUUUUUAUAAGAAUGUACCUAUGUGUCUGGUAAAAUAAUGCCUGUAUUUUAUUUAUUAUAUAUAUUAUUUAUAUUAUUAUAUAUAUGUGUGUGUGUGUGUGUGUGUGUGUGUUUGUGUGUGUGUGUGUGUUCAAAAUCUGCAGUUUCAUUUUUCAUUUGAGGUCAACAUCAGAUGCUGUCCUGCUUUCCCAGAAGAUUUUAUUUAUGCACAAAGAAAAUUAAGAAAUGGGCUAUGCUUGGUCUGUUUGCGGGCUUGGGAAGCCUUUUUGAAUGAACCCCCCUUCCAAAGUCAUUUUUCUUCAAAGUAAUGACCUGGGCACAAUUCAAUAUGACCGAGCAAGCUAUGCAUGCAUUACUAUAGAACUUGCGAGUGGGAGAGACCCUGAGCCGGGGUGAAUCGCAGGUCAGUGCGUCUAACAAAUAUUAAAAUGUACGGGGACUCGUGACACGCCUCGCUGUUUAACAAAGACUGCCAAAGUGCGAGAUUAAUACGAAAACUUGAGAGUCCACAACAAAAUGCCUUAAAGCGCUCGGUGGUAUUGUGGCGUCCACAGCAGCGGAGGAGUUAUGGGGCAUUUUAUUUUUUAGAUGUAUUAGGAGGGAAACGGUUGCAUAGUGCGCAGGGAUAGCCCCUCAUGUCGCCGUUUGCUAGGCUAAGCGACAAAGGACAGCCCGCACCUCCGCUCUGGCAGAUGAAGUUGAUCUCAAGCUGUUUUAUCGCAUAUUUUUCUUCCUCUUAUGGCAAGCGUAGUAUGCUCGUUGAAGAUUGGCUUGCACCGUUUUGGACGAUCUUAUGUCCGCCUGCCCAUUGUUGCUGGGGUUGUUGGAGCGGAUCUGGAGGGACUCGCGGAAAUGAGAAGGAGUUUCACGCACAAAGGUAUCACGGCGAGGUCAUGGGCUAAACCUGUGGCGCUGGAGAAAGGGAAGGGGGGGCGGCUGAGGGGUUAGAGCCACGGCGACAGUGGAAGAAUGGGCUCCAGUAGAAUAGAAAAUAAACCGGGACGAGACCAAGUACACUCGUUUGUCGCGACGGACGGGCAAAAAUCUCGAGGAGAAAGAAGUCCCGAGCAAGGAGUGAAAUGGAUGCGAGGAGAGAAGUAAGUAAAGAAAUCGGCGCUUCAUUUACAUAUCGCGGCGUUCUCCGGCAGGUGCUUGCCUGGGCGGACCACGUGCUCUCGCUGUGCAGUGAGUCCACGGGUACCCCCUCCUCUCCCACCGGAGUUCUGUGCUGAAUUCGGGCCCCACGGUGCCGCUCGUUGCAGAGUUGUGUGUGGAGCGGGUGUAGUGAAUAUUUACCUUGGCUAUAGUGUCUGCAUGUGCUCUUUGAAUGGCUGUCGGUGUACACAUUAACCCCAUAAUGAGGCAGAUGGCUGUGGGUCCCUAUGCCGCUUUAAGGGGAUGGUUCCUGGGGUGAAGGCGAGGUCGUGGACACCGGGGGUGAAAGGGUUAGAGUGGACAGCAAGGCUAAACUUUCUCCUCCUUUGCUAAGCUUGUAUGAUACUUUCUCAGUUGAAACGUUAACAAAUAUUACUAUAGCCUGUACAACGAAAUUUAAACGAGUUUAAUAGAAAUGAUUAUAGUUGUAGCUAGUCCACUGUGUCUAGCAGUGCUGGCUAUUUUAUUCGACAAUGACAAUCAAUUUAUAUCAGGGACAAAAGAGAAGAACGAGUCAAGAAAAGAAAAGGGCGAUUUCAGAACUAUUGUGUUCACUUGAUUGCUCGGGCCUAUUUGAGAAAUUAGUAGGCCGUAGAAUAGGCUAUGCAGACGCUAGGGGUGCUACAGAUUUUAUUGAUGGCCUGAGCUUUCAUUUUUAUCUACCCAGGAAAUUACACAAAAAUGUAGACCCAUAUGGCUCUUAUAGAAAACAUUCGAUUUCGCUAUUUUUUUACUUUUUACGUACGACCAGUUUUACAUUAGUCUUGACACACAUUUUGGCAUAUUUUCUAUUUGAUAUAAAUCAGUAUAAAUCCCACUGAAACAAGAACAAAGACACAUUAACCGGCACCUUUAAAAAAAAAAAAAAACAGUUCACCAUCGUUUUUUUAGUUGUAUCUGCUACUGUUCAGCCUUUGGCUUAAAGGGAUUUGUUUAAAUUGUGAUUUUGUCAUUUCUACUGGAUGCUUGGGGAAAAUAGAGGUUUUGAAGAGCAUGCCACAUCAGUUAAAGCACGGAUUGCAUUCAUAAAUAAAAAACAGUAAUAGUAUUUCUGAAACAAAGAGUAGGCCUAAAUAAUUCUGUCUUUUUUGUUUUGAAAAGUAAAAAUAUGUGUAAUCUCUAUUAUUUCGAUGAACGUUUCGAUUCUGUAAAAUAAUAUUUUACUCAGUAAAGUGAAACCUAUGUCCAUUUGUUUGAUCUCUGUAUUAAUAAUCGUGCCCUGCAUUAUAAAUUAGCAAAGUUGUAUAUAAUGCAUUUUUCCUGGCAAAGAAUGGUAAACAAAACUCUUGGGGUUGCGUGUGAGUACAUAUGUCCUUUGUUAUAUACGAUGUUGACAGUGCACAAGGAGACGCUUGUCUGUUAAAAUUCAAUUCUGAAAGUAUAAUUAAUCUACAGUAUCUAAAACACCACCAUCUACUGUAUAGAGUGGUUUUUUUAUUCAUUGUUAUCCAAUAUUGUUCUUUCUUCUUCGCAAUGAAAGUAUUACACAUGUCUAGUAUCCCCAGUAUAUGCUAAAUUGACCAGUGUGCAGUAGCCCAAUUUUUUCUGAAUUAUCAUUCGACACACAGUCGCUUAUCUCUCUAUACUAUACGUUUAACCGUCUUAACAGCUAAUGAUAUAAUAUUAUAUAAAUAUUGAUAUAAAGCUUACCUUUUUACGGAUGACAACAAAAAAAACAACAACUAAUUUCUGUGUGUAGGAUAGGAUUUUCUAGGUCCUCGUGAGAAAGAGAAUUAGAGUAAUCCAUAGGUUGAGGUUAGGGCUUCGUUUUCAGUACGGUUUAAAAUCGAAAUGAAGUGCUGGGUGCUUGGUGCAAGAGGAGAAAACUUGUUAAAAGGUCGUAAAAUGUUUGCUUGGUGCUUUGAGGGUGUGUGAGGAGGCUGCCAUUUCUUCCUCUGUGAAUAUUUUAUGGUUUUAUACCCCUCAUCUCCGGAUUUGUCCUCCGUUUGAGUGGUGUUAGGCGGCCAGCUGCAAAUUGGAGUGACCUGCCAUAAAAACCAUAUGCAUUAUUUCAGGUUGUACUCAAGCCUCUUCCUGUCUUUCCUUAUAGCCUACCUGCCGUUUUAAACUCGUGCCUAUUCAUAUUAAGUAUUUGUCUUGCGAAAAUUGAUUAAGAAAAUAUGCACCAUGGUAAAGAUAUAUGAUUAUGCUAUCCCAACCUUUCUCACUCACGUCUUAACAUUCCCUCGCCCUCCCUCUUUCUCGCUCUUUUUUCAUUCUGGACCCAUGCCAUUCUUGUGACUCAAGUCUGGUACUGCGAAAGCUCUAUAAAACCAACUGUGUCCUUUACAAAACAAGUUAUGUUUUUAUUUAUUAAUCGAUGGUAACAGCAGAGUUACUAACUGCUAAAACUCAGUUACUUAGCUAUUCGUGCCGGGUCUAAAGAUAUCCGGAAACGGGCUGGGUGUUUCUUUUUUUAAGACCAACUGAUAAUGUUGUCUGGUGUAUCCUGAGGGUAAACUUGGAAAAUGUGACCUGUUUUUAGAGCCAAUUGUCUGUUUGCAAAGCACCUAUCUCCGAACCAAGCAAGACAAUAGAUGCACUUGAAGGCAGACUGACCUAGGUGCUGCACCUUGACUGCCAGUGGUCAAGGUGUGCGGCCCGGUUCUAUACCUGUCAAGGAGAUACCUGUCAUCUAUAUAUACCCUGUAGAUCCGGAUUUGUGUGAACAGACACACAGUCACAAAUUCGUAUCUAGGGGAGUAUGUAGUUGAUAUAAGCGCUACAACACCGAUGGAGGUCGAAGACUUUCAACCACUUCAAAUAUUCCAUUUAUUUUGUGUGGGCCUUGUUAUUCUGUGUGGGGGGGAAACUCAGCAUGCAUGCGUUGACAUUUUUUUCCUCGCUUGUUUUGUGAAUACAUGUUUGGAGGUAGGAGAUAUAUGUUAUUGAGCUUGAGUUCUCAUUCGAAUUGCAGAAAGUGCAGUGAUUGUUCUUCUAAUGAGGCGCUUUGGUGGUUCCCCCACCAGCUUUCGAUUUUGACGUCUUCGAUUGAAACAACAAAACAUGUUUCAGUGCGAUAUCCACUUGAUAUAAAUUCGAUAUUUACUCUAAUGACCCUCCAGCAUGUGAAGAGAUGUGCCUACCGGGGAAAGAUGUUAGAUUCAACUUCUUUUGUCGUAGUUUAUGGGGAUUUGCUACCAAUUGCUAUGCAAGGUGUGUAAAUUCGUGUGCAGAAUGAACGCUCUCCUGUGAUGGGACUAACUGGCGACUUGCUUGAAUGCAAAAGGUCUUGCUGUGAUUUAGGAGGCUUUGUAACCUGAAUUAGUUGAUGAAUUUUCUAUCGAUCUCAAACAAGCCCAGAUUAAUCUCUGACAGUCUUCCGCUGCACGCGGCUCACGCCAGAGACAUUGCCUGUGCGUUAUUAGCGAGCGCAUUUAAAGGCUUGGCCAGAGCUAGUCCUCUGCAUCACUUUCUCUGGCACUUCUUUUCCAGAGAGCGAGCCAAAAAAGAAAAACUCCAGAAUACCUUAAAUAUCGUGUCUGGGUAUGUGCGGGUUGAAAAGCCCAUGCGCGAGUUUUUCUUAACGAAUUGUGGUGGAGUGGGGAGGGGGACUUGGAAGUCGUCCAUAAUGCAGACGUAUAACUGUCGGGAAAAUACGUCACGCAUUGUAGACUUAUAAGCUUUCGUUUGUUAUUGUUUUGAUUCUCUUGCUUGACUAUCUUCCGCGUGCUAUCAUAAAAAAUAUACAGCAUCUGAUUGUCACAAACUAUGCACGGAUGAUGUGCGGGGUCCGCUCUGGCUAAUCCCAUUUCCUUAUCCGGGAAUUGGAGGGAUCCACGCGAUUGGCUACUGCUGUCACAUGGAUUCUUAACUUUGUUCACUUGACAGAAAGUAGGAGGGUUCUACGAAACAGGAAAACGAGUAAAGGGAUAGAUAUAAAUUUUAGUAUAUUUUGUGUGCAAUUCAAGGAAAUUAAUGGCCAUGAGUUCCUAUUUGAUCAACUCUAACUAUGUGGACCCGAAGUUUCCACCCUGCGAGGAAUACUCACAAAAUGACUACCUACCCAGUCACUCCCCGGACUACUACAGCGCCCAGAGGCAAGAGCCUGCGUUCCAACAUGAGUCGAUUUACCACCAGCGGUCGGGCUGUGUCGAACCGCCUUACUCGUCGUGCCAGGGUCCGGGGCAGCCCGCAGUAGUUAUGUCGCCGAGGGGUCACGUUAUACCACCAACCGGACUCUCAACCCCUCUCCCGGAGCAAAGCCAUCAUUGCGACUCCGUAACUCCGAGCCCUCCGCCCGCUUGUGGACAGAAUCCUAUCAACCAAAGCACUUCAUCGGCCAGCUCACGCAAGGAUCCCGUGGUGUAUCCCUGGAUGAAGAAAGUCCACGUAAACAUAAUAAACCCAAAUUAUACAGGAGGUGAACCCAAGCGCUCCCGCACAGCAUACACAAGACAACAAGUUCUGGAACUAGAGAAGGAGUUCCACUACAACCGCUAUCUGACCCGGAGGCGCAGGGUGGAGAUAGCUCACACCCUAUGCCUCUCGGAACGCCAGAUCAAGAUUUGGUUCCAGAACCGACGUAUGAAGUGGAAGAAGGACCACAAGCUGCCUAACACCAAGAUAAGGUCCAAUAGCUCCUCCAACACAACCCCAAGCGGAGUCUCGACACUGGGAAGUUCACAGAACCGGACCAGCGGACCCCCACCCAGCCUAUAGCCAACCUCCCUUCAAACCCAUUCAGAAAUAAACGCACUUUUUGAAACCACAGUGUCAGGAGGGGGGCACGCGUGGAUUUCAGCCAUGCGGCUCUGCCCGUUCUCUAUCUCUUUAUUCACUGACAGGGAUGUUUCACAAGAGGGUUAAGAAAGGGAGGACGGAGAAAAUAUGUCCGAUUCUAAGCCAGAAAAAAGAGUGGGGCAAAGAGUCCGAAUACAAACACUUCCACAGAUGUGUUCUCUCUCGAUCCAGUUCCCUCUUACCCCGCGCCCCUCCUGUUCUCUCUCCCCCUCUAUUAGAACAGAAGGCGGCAGAUAGUUUUCAGAUUUGGUGAAGAUGGAUCCGCGUUUCAUCUUUAAUCACGCCAAACUCAGUCCCAUUUGUCAUGUUUACUCUGCGGUACAAAGGAUGAACCGUAGGCCUGCCCAUUACCUCGACGUCUAGCGUUCUGUUUAAUAAAUGAGUCUCCUUGUUUCGUCAAGAGCCGUUUUUUUACUGCCCUUUUUUCUGCCUUCCGUUCAGAAAAUACAACGAGCACGGCUGUCCAAAUAUGAAGUUCCUCAUCCUUGAAAUAUCUCAGAUUUUACUUUUUAUUUUUUAAUAUUGUUAUUUUUUGUUGUGUUCUCUAAGGAUGCAAUGCCAAGAAGACUUAGAGCGAUAGGGAAGCUGAUCUAUCGUUCAGCAUGUACAGGGACUGUUCCCCCCGCAUAUUUUCAAUAUCUAAUAAUCAUUAUAUUCGAAAUAAACGGGGAAAUAUAAAGGAGACGUUCUUCAAACACAGUGGAAGGUCUCUGCCAUUUCAUUAAGCUGGACAUAGCUAUAUGCUAAGAACCAAAACCUGGUACAUCGCAAAUCAUUUAAAACAGAGCACUGCUAAGUACUGUGUGAAUUACCUCAAUUGUAAUUGUGUUGAUUUUUGUUGUCUUGUUUUUAAUGAAGUGACAGAUUUGAACUCGUUUGACUUACAUGACAAGUAUCUGCAAUAAGUACUUAUUCAUUUCUUGUGAGUGAAAUGUAUAAUUUAAGUCAGUAUGUGGACAGGGUUGUUCAGAGAAAAGGGGUGCGUAUAUUUGCAUGACUGAAUAUACACAUUUAUUUUAGCGAUUAUUCUCUUGACUCUAAGCCUAUUCAGGCACAUAAACACGUGCACAUGUGUCUCUUGUCUUUCUUUCUCCCCUCUUCAUUUCCCUCCCUCUCACGCUUUUCUUCUCACCCUGUGCCAUUUGGGUUUUUACCUUUUAUGUCUUUCGUUUUUACAUUCCAAAGAUCCGUCUUGACGCUGGUAAAUGACAGAAAUGUAUUUUAUUCCCCCAAUUUUGUAUGUUGUCCUCUCUCCCUGCUUACUUCUCUAUCUCUGUCUUCCUUGUUACUUGUAAAUAGCUAGAAAUUUAAUAAAUGGCGAAAAAGCAUCUCUCUUUC